CCAAAUUUCCCAUCCCGCAACUUCUCCCCGCAUACGCUUGCCCCCUUCCCCAGAUCACACCCGCGCUCCAAACUCCACACAGCUAGACAUCUACGCGUAAUGGCUUCUUUCACCGAGGCAAAGCUUGUUCGUUCUACAGCCGAUCCGCUGGACUGUGUUCUAGCUCGGUUGCCACCGCCAGAACCUGGUUCAAGGGCCCAUGCGAGCUCAUCUAAAUAUCCGCGGGUCUGGAUGAGAAGAGUAUAUUAAGCCAGGGGUCCUCGCAGUUAUUUGAGCAGGGCCAGCGACCUCAAAAUCAAAAUGCCUUCGAUAUCGACAUCAUUGUCGUGGCUCUCCGUCUUCGGCUUGCUGUUCAGUCCACAGAGCUGCCUGGCUCUGAGCAAAAAAGACCGACUAGCAUGUCAAAGAGCAACGCAUGACCCGCUCAAAGGCUGUCCAAAGCAUACAUUGCUUGUUGAUGCAGAGUCUGCCAAUGCAACUGCAAAGAAAAACGUCUUUUCGAGCAUCCAAUCGGCUGUCCUGUCUCUCCCCCACGACAACUCAACCCAGUACAUCUUGAUCCUGCCGGGUCAAUAUACUGAGCAGGUCAAUGUCACACGACCCGGCCCACUGUAUCUCUUGGGUCAGACGAGCGACGCGGCGAGUCUAGCAAAGAACACCGUCGAGGUUGUUUGGCAUAACGCAACCGGUACGGCCACUACCGGUUCUUACGAUAAUGCGUGGACCUCGACUUUGACGAUUGCGCCGACUUUCAACUCGUCCACGACCGGUGCAGGACCAACGGGUAACCAUGUACCGGAUGACACACCGUUUGGCAACUUCGAUUUCCGCGCAUACAACCUCAAUUUCACCAACGACUAUCUACCGUACUCUGCUGGACCUUCGCUUGCACUAUCGACUUCCUACGCAAACACCGGAUUCUACCACUGCUCGUUCAAGUCCUACCAGGAUACCAUUUACGUUGGCAAGCUUGCGAACAGCUACAUGUCCAAGUGCGAGAUCGCCGGACAGACCGACUUCCUCUACGGCUUCGGCACCCUCUGGAUCGAAGAUUCUGAUUUGCUCAUGCGCAGCUGCGGCGGCGGCAUCACUGCAUGGAAGGGUACCAACACCACAUAUGAGAACAAGUUCGGCGUGUACAUCCACCAGUCAAACGUUGUGGCGGCCAACUCUUCCAUCGCUCCGGCCAUGGUUGGAAAGUGUGCGCUCGGUCGUCCGUGGAAUGCGCAGCACCGUUCCAUUUUCGCGAACACGUACCUUGAUGCUUCGAUCAAGCCGAGUGGGUACAUUGCCUGGGGUACCACUGAUCCAAGGGUCAAUAACUACACGUUGAUGGCGGAGUAUAAGACAUAUGGCCCCGGCUGGAACCAAACUGGCAGGAUCGACGGUAACGUCACACAUAUCCUGACUGAGAAGCAGUGGCAGCCGUACUCUAGUCCUUCGAAGGUGUUUCAGUUCUUUAAGAGCGGUAAGACAGGGAACUCUGCUUGGGUGGAUUGGAAUGCUUGAUUGUCAUCAUGGCAUAGUUA